AUGGUACAAGAUGAGGUUGCCAAGAUCAAUGUGAAACUCGAUGAAGAGAUGGCUGCAAAGUUUCGUGGCAUGGAAGACUCCUUCAAGAGGAUGCUGACUGAUGCGGUGUCAAGUCUGCGUGAGGAAGGGUCCACUGCACCGAAGGGAGGAAUUCCAACAGGGACGAUGGCAGGUCAUCACGAAGUGGAGACGAGCGCGGCUGGAGGGGCCAGAAGAUCGGGGAUACCAUCACCCUCCGUCCCCGUUCAGAGAGGAGAAACUCCUAAUCUUUUUCACAACGGACCUAACCACCGGCAUGUAAAAAUGGAAUUUCCCAAGUUUCGAGAAGGAGAUCCGACAUCAUGGGUGAGCAAGGCGAAACAAUACUUCGCUUACCAAGAAAUACCACUGGAGCAGAGAGUCAGCUUUGCUUCGUAUCAUUUCGAGGAGGAAGCAAAUGAAUGGUGGCAGGCUACUUCAAAAACCCUCGAUGAAGAUGGAGUCUCGGUGACGUGGGACAUAUUUGAGGAAGAACUUUGGGCCCGAUUUGGACCAACUGCUGCUGAAGACUUUGAUGAGGCUCUCUCCAAGAUUCAACAAACCGGUACCUUGAGGGAAUAUCACCGAGAGUUCGAAAAGCUCCAGAUUAAGGUGUCAGGCUGGACACAGAAGGCGCUCAUUGGUACAUACAUCGGUGGACUUAGAGAUUCCAUAUCCGACAGCAUCAGGAUGUUCCAACCGAAAACGUUGAAAGCCACGGUGGAACUAACACGGAUGUGUGAUGAACAGCUCCAGCGCAACCGACGCUUUACUCCAACCAACAACAGGAACUCGCGCAGUUCUCAGGCAUCACCACCACCACCACCCAAUGCGAACAACAACAACUCAACAGCCAACGAGGACCAGACAUCAAAACCCAAGCGGUUGAGUUGGGAGAAACUCAAGCGGAAACGAAGUCUCGGAAUCUGCUUUAGCUGCGAUGAGAGGUAUACACCGGGACAUAAAUGUCAAAAAUCUCAGCUACUUCUCAUGGUGGGGGCGGAAGAUGAAACCGACGAGGACGAGGAAACCUCUGAAACCGAUGAAGCAGAAAUAACGCUACAAGCUCUCACUGGCUGGGAUACACCACAAACACUACGCACAUCAGUGAAGAUCAGUGGCCAGAAUCUCGUGGCACUGAUAGAUAGUGGAUCAACCCACAAUUUUAUCAGUGAGAAGGUGGCUAAUCGAUUGAAUCUACAGGUCUCACCGACCAAGGAGUUCAAGGUACAAGUCGCUGAUGGCCAUCCGCUUCGGUGUGACGGCGUCUAUCGAGCAGUAACCACGGUGAUCUAUAGCCUGACCUUCGCCGUCGAUCUCUAUGUUCUUCCCUUGACAGGUCUCGACGUCGUUUUGGGAAUUCAAUGGUUAUCGCAAUUGGGCCCGACCUUAUGUGAUUGGAAGGAACGGACUAUGAAGUUCAUGUGGGCCAAUAAAACGGUCAGGAUACAAGGCCUCGCAAAUAGAAAGAUUACACAGGCCCAAUCCAAAGAGGUGGCCCGUGAAGCCCAAAAAGGGCAGGCCUGUUUCGCGCUGAGUAUUCAACAGACGUCGACAAACAACAUCCCGAUCCCGGAAUCAAUGUCUAUGCUCUUGCAACAGUACACCGGAAUCUUCGAUACACCCACCACACUACCACCGGAAAGAGAUAUCGAGCAUCAUAUUACUCUAAAGGAGGGCUCUGAUCCGGUAAACGUGCGACCCUACCGAUAUGCCCACUUUCAGAAGGAGGAAAUCGAAAAACAAGUCAACGAGACGCUGAAAACUGGACUCAUCCGUAACAGUUCGAGUCCAUUCUCAUCACCGGUGCUGUUGGUGAAGAAGAAAGACGGAUCUUGGCGAUUUUGCACAGACUAUCGAGCUCUCAACGCGUCAACUAUUAAGGAUCGAUUUCCAAUUCCGACGGUGGAAGACAUGCUAGACGAACUCCAUGGCGCCACUAUCUUCACCAAACUGGAUCUCACCGCUGGGUACCAUCAGGAGCAUCUAGAGCAUGUUCGAAUCGUCUUUGCUCUCCUGCAACAACACCGGCUAUUUGUUAAGCAAAAGAAAUGCGAGUUUGGUCGUGAGGAACAGGAGUAUCUGGGGCACAUCAACCCGGCAGCAGGAGUGAAAGUUGAUCAAUCCAAGAUACAAGCUAUGGUUGAUUGGCCUCCACCUACGACUAUCACCGAGCUACGUAUCAUCGCUCGGCCGCUGACUAAUUUACUGAAAAAAGGGAAAUUUGAAUGGACGUCACUGGCAGAUUCAGCCUUCUCGGCCCUCAAGACCGCUAUGACUACCACACCGACGUUGGCCUUACCGGACUUCUCCAUCCCAUUCAUUAUUCAAACGGAUGCUUCAGGAGAUGGUAUUGGGGCUAUCUUAUCCCAACAUGGGCAACCGAUCGCAUUCAUGAGCAGAGCAUUGGGCGUGGCAAAACAGACUUGGUCCACCUACGCCAGGGAUAUGCUAGCCAUUGUCAUUGCCAUCCGUACUUGGAGACCUUACAUUAUGGGUCGCCGGUUCACCAUACAGACCGAUCAAAAGAGCCUACGCUUCCUUCUUGAGCAAAGGAUUCUGACACCGGAGCAACAAAAGUGGAUGGGAAAGCUCUUGGGGUAUGAUUACGAAAUCGUUUACAAACCGGCAAGUGCUAAUGCCGCUGCAGAUGCACUUUCACGACGGCGAGACAGUCCCACCCUUAACACCAUUACCGGUUCACCUCUCAUCACAGCAUUACUGAAAGAGCACCACGACUCUUUUAUCGGAGGUCACUCAGGUGCUUUGCGAACAUUCAAACGGCUCUCUCAGCAGUUUUUCUGGCCAUCAAUGCACAAGACGGUGCGGGAGUAUGUCGCUGCCUGUGAUACUUGUCAGCGAGCGAAGUACGAGAGCUUGUCACCAGCUGGAUUGCUCCAGCCUUUGCCUAUCCCAAAUCAGAUAUGGGAGGAUUUAUCUAUGGACUUCGUUGAUGGUCUCCCACGAUCCGACAAUCACACGUCUAUAAUGGUCGUUGUCGAUCGCCUCACCAAGGCCGCCCAUCUCAUUCCUCUUGCUCAUCCGUACACAGCAAAAUCAGUGGCUGCUAAGUUCUUGGAGUUCGUCGUCAAGCUACAUGGACUGCCGAAAUCUAACGUAAGUGACCGUGAUCCUAUCUUUGUCAGCACUUUUUGGCGUGAGCUGUGGCGAUUAUCAGGCCGCGAACCACCACCACUCUUACAUUACGAGAUUGGUACUACGCCAGUCUUGGAAUUGGAUGAACAAUUAGCAGCACGAGAUGAGGUCCUCUCUGACUUGAAGCUGAACCUUGAGCGUGCCAACAACAGAAUGAAGCAAGCAGCAGAUAAGAAGCGCAGGGACGUCUCUUACGAAGUAGGCGACAGGGUCUAUCUGCGUCUACAACCUUAUAGGCAACACACCAUCUUCAAGCGUACUUGCCAAAAACUGUCUACAAGGUACUUUGGACCCUUCCAGGUAGAGGCUCGCGUGGGACCUGUUGCGUACCGUCUGAAGCUUCCGGAAGGUACUCGAGUUCACUCAGUCUUUCAUGUCUCUUUGCUCAAAAAACGAGUGGGGGAGGCUACACCUACGUCAGGAACAUUAUCACCAAUACGCGCGAAUGGGCUUUUGCGUCUCAUACCGGAGAAAACAUUGCAGGUGCGACAUACACAUGACGCAGGCACACGUAUCAAGGAGGUACUGGUACAAUGGAAAGAGUUACCAAUUGAGGAUGCAACAUGGGAAGAUUUCGAUCAACUGAAGCAGAGCUACCCAGAUUUCAAUCUUGAGGACAAGAUUAUUCUUGGGGAGGGGAGUAAUGAUGCAGCUAUAAGUGAAGCUGAUCGUGGACCAGAACCAAACCGGAGGAUCUCGUCACGUACCAAGAUUCCCAAUCAAAAGUAUUUGGAGUAA